AUGGAUCGUUUAUCAGAAAGUCUUAAUACACAGCAGGCCGGUUUAAUAGCGGCCAGAAAUGUAGGAUGCUCGGAGUUGGCUGAUGCUCUCCUUGCCCUGCUGGCAAUGUUGGACCUAUAUUUCAUCAAUGAUGCCUAUUAUAGCACACUCACUAAGGGUGCCUCAGUGCAACUUGUUUUUGGGUUUGAGUAUGCUGUGUUAUUGACAGUGGUGUGGAUGACCUUGAUGAAAUACUUACUCCAUUCCAUUGAUCUUCAGAAUGAGAAUCCAUGGGAAAACAAAGCUGUGUACCUUUUAUACACUGAACUUAUUAUAGGUUUUAUAAAGGUUGUGUUGUACAUCGUGUUUAUGGCCAUUAUGAUAAAGGUGCACACAUUCCCAUUGUUUGCUAUCCGUCCUAUGUACUUGUCUUUGAGAGGAUUUAAGAAAGCUCUUCAUGAUGUGAUUAUGUCGCGACGUGCUAUACAGAACAUGAACACAUUAUACCCAGAUGCUACUGCUGAGGAACUGCAGGCAGGGGAUAAUGUUUGUAUCAUUUGUCGUGAGGAUAUGUUAGCCAACUGUAAGAAGCUCCCCUGUAACCACAUCUUUCAUACAAGUUGUCUGCGUUCCUGGUUCCAGCGUCAACAGACAUGCCCCACUUGUAGAAUGGAUGUAUUAAGAAUGAAUCGUACAGAAACAGCCACACCCCAACAACAGCAGCCACAACCACAACAACAGCCACAGCCUCAACAGCCACAAGUACCUCAGAUGCCUCAAAUGCCACAAAAUUUAUUCCAAGGAUUCCCAGGUAUGCCUCCAAUGUGGCCAAAUAUGCCUCAGCAGCCACAAGCUGCUCCAGGGACUUCUACUGCUAGUUCUACAUCAGGAACACCACCAGUCUCCAGUACUGCAAGCACAUACACUGUGGGGUCAACCUCCACACAGCCUACACCCACAACCACUGGUACCACCACAGUCCCACCAAUAGUGCCACCAAUGCUGCCAUUCAUGAUGCCAUAUGGAAACUAUGCCAUGCCAAGACCACCCAGAAACUUGACUGGUGCGUCUUUGGAGGAACUGAGGGCAAUGGAGGGGCAGCAACGAGAGAAUGUAGAGGCAAGGCUUCAAUGGUUACAGGAUAUACAGGCUCUGUUGGAUGGGGCGAUGGUGCUUAUACAUCAGUACAAUACUGUUGCUGCACAAACAGGGAUAGCAGGAAUCAGUGCAGCUAGUUUUCCAUUAUCACAAAAACAGUCUGAUAAGAAAACAGAUAUGGAAGUUAAUUCAAGCCAAAAUUCUGCACAAAAUACUGAGACACAAGGUGUAAGCCAACAUUCCACAGAAAAAACAGAAGAUCAAAACCUUGAUUUUUCAGGUUUAGAAGGAGCAACAGGUUUCACUCCAGCAAAAGAGGAGACAAUUCCUUCAUGGGAUGACCCCCAUGAAGAGGAACAUAAUGAUGAGAUGCAUGAGGUACGAAAACGCAGACUACAAAAAUUUACAAAGGAGAAUCAGUCUGCUGUUAAAGUGGAACACAAAUCACAGGACUAAGCCAGCCUGUUACAGACUUAUAGCAACAAUGUGUCUUUGGCUCCUAGUCGACAGAGUGCAGCAUUCCUUGGGAUAGAUGUUUCGUGUGUGUGUGUAGAUGUGUGUGUAUACAGCUACAUAAUGUAUCUGAGAAAGUGUUUGGUAUCUGAGAUAUCGGAAAGAAUGUUGUUUGCAUGUGAUUUAUCAGUGACAGUUAUAAGGUGUAUCUGAGAAAGAGUUAGCUUCCUGAGGAAUUGGCAAGAAUAAUAGCUACCCGAGGUUUCAGCACUAGUGCAAUAGCUAGAAUAAUUCCAAGUAUCAUGUACUUGUUAGGGGCGUAUUUAUUUUGGUAUCAUUAGAACGACAUAUAAAAUGUUUACUCCAAAUCACAAAUAUUAUCAAUCCUUUGUGUCAGACCUGGAAAUUGAACUUGUAAUCGACACAGUUUGAUAUUAAACCAGCAGGUCAUUUGAAUCUCUUAUAUUUCAGUAGUAAACUUCUGUGUUACUUCUCAGAAAUACCAUAUCCUAGAUUGUACGUACAAUUUCCUAUUACAAAUACGAUACUUUUACCAUAUUAUACCAUAAUUUACAUCACUCAGUGAACCAGGGAGAUUGUUGCUCAAAUAAGACAUUUAGUUUGGGUGGACAGGUUUCAAAGCAAAGUGUUGGGAUAUUUUAAGCUCAGAUAGAAAUAAAUAUAUGGCUUUUUAAUUCAUUUUAUAUUAACUUGUCGUCACAUGCCAGUACAAGUUCUGAUUAAUAAUUUUUUCUUCUCCAGCUAUGUAACGAUUUAUUUCCUCCUACAUUGUAUGAUAUAUCAAUUCCAUUGUAAAUCAAAUUUAGAUAUGGACAUAGAGGCAUUGUUUUGCCUGCGUCCAUUAUUAACUUAAAUUAACUUUAUUGCAUUGUUUGAUAACUCAAAUAUGUAUGGUAGUUUGCUACAGUUUUCCGAAAAUCAUAAACAUGAUAAGCUUCUCUUAAAUCAUGUUUAUAAUUGUAAUUAAGUCCAUUAAUAUCUGUUUAUUUCAUUGUGCUGUAAUUAACUCCAACUUCAAUAUCGUAUGUUAUCACUCAGAGAUUUUAUUUUACAAUAUUAAUGCACAUAUAUCGGAAAUUAAGUAUUUAUUAGACCAGUGUUUUUAAGCUAAAACAUAGAUAUUGGUCGAUUUUGAUAGAAUAAAAUCUUAUGUCAGGGAAUGCUAUGCUUUAUUUGAUGUGAUCAUGUGGUUAAAAUGUAUUGUCAUCUUAUGCACAAGUGAAUGCAAAUUGAUUUCAAAUUUAAUUGUUUAAUUUAUACAUUUAUAUCUCUGUUUAUUGACUUAACUCUUUAAAAAAUAGAAACGAAACUCUAGGAUUGUGUCCUACUCUUUUUCUCUAUCUAAACUUGUUAAGGUAUGGAAGGAAAUGUUAAAAUUCAGUACUUCAACCAUUAGAUUUUGUACUAGAUUGUUAAUAAGUGGUUGGUGAUGAAGGUAACAUAGAGGGUCAUAAAUAUACCUGGUAUUGAUGCAGUGCAGAAAGAAAUUUCAAUAUUUUAAUAGUUGAGACUGACCUCCUGUAGUUAGAAUUUACAAACAUUUUUUUUUUUAUAUUCUUUAAAUAAGCAAUUUAUGCUGUUCAAAUUCAUUCUCAUGAUCUAAAGCAACAAAUAUUUGUUGUAAAAAUUACAAAUGUAUUAUAUAAAAAACAUUUUCAUUUUUGCCCGUGAAAUCCAGGAAUUUAUCAAUGUGAUAAGAAUUCUUAUCACGUGAUAAUAUCAGUUCCUUAAUGUUAUGACCAGUGAGCCGCACUUUUUCGUCACCGCAUUGAAAUUUGCCAAAUGAAGUAAAGGUUGAAUAAGUUGCAUUUCCAUAAAAUCUUUUCCAUUUUGAUUUCAUAUUUUCUCAAAUGUAUUAUUUAAAAACAAAAUUUUUAAUUGAUUCUUAGCAGAUAACAGCAUAAAUUUGCAGAAUGCCACUUACAGUGGCACAUAGUACGUAAGUUCAAAAUGGCAUCUUGUUAAUCAUAAAACCAUAAUAAUGAGCAAGGAAAGUACAUGCUAGUAUUUUUGGAAAUACUUAUGACUUCGGUUUUUCAAAAAUGUAAUAAAUUCUUAAUGGUCGCCUGUUAAAAUCUGUACAGCAGAACAUAUCUAUACAUGCAUUAUCCUGGGUGAAAAAUAAAGAUAUUCUGCCAAAUUUGUGAAAUUUAUAUGAUAUUAAAUGAGACACUAUUAUAGAUAUCCUCUAUAUAGCUGAUACACAUGAAGCUUGAUUUGCAUUUUGCAUACUACAAAGGCUUGCAUGGGAUGUAUGACUUGAAAAAACUUAUGGGUCUUAUGUGUAUGUACACAUAUGUCUAUAUACAUGUGGUGGUAUGUGUGGCUUAUGCAGGUUUGAGUGUCAUAGUAUAUUAAAUACUGCAUGUGUUCUUAUUUUAAUGCCAUUCUAAUAUUAGCUCCUUUCACCCUCAUGUCAUUGCACUUAUUCAAGUCCAGUACCAAAAUUUUUCCAGUUUGUCAUUGGGUUUACUACCUGAAUUUUAAUCGCAAAUUGAAAUAGAUUGAAGACUAAUUUUAUUUUGCUUUUUAUUUACCUGAAGUGCAGUUUUCCUGAAUCUGUGACAUGUUUUCUGCUACAUAGAAUAUACAUGGUUAGGCAUAGUAAAUCCUUACACCCUUGAGCUUAUGGUUAUGAAGAAUGUAGAUCGCUUGUGUGUUUGAAUCUUAUUGCUGAGUCAUCAGAAAUACAAAAUCAUACAAUAAAUUUAAAAUAAUUUUGAUUGACAUUCACUUAGCUAAGAUAACAAAACCAUGGAUCUGGAACUUAACUUGGCUGAUAAUUAAUCAGGGCAAUAUACAACAGUCGCUGUUAGUAAGCUGCCAAAUGUUGUUACGGUCUAUGAACGGGUCAGUACAGAUCCACAUCCCCUGAACACCUCACAGCAAGCUAACUUUGCCUAUCAUGACCAAGUUAGCAACUGAGCGUGGGGUUCCAAUUGGAGCUAACAUCCCUCAAAGUUCUGAAAUAAGAAUUACACUUAAUCAAAUACACAUAAUGUAGCAUUUGUAUGUGAGAAGUGUAGCUGAGAAGUCAAGCAGUAUACAUUUUAGUCUCUUUAAAGAUGUAAUAAUCAAAUUAAGAGUUUAAAAGCUGGCAGUUCAUAUCAGCAGCAUUUGGUUGAUUAAAAGUCCAAGACACUGAAUUUGUGUUUAGGAGUAAAUAUGAGGGAUCUGGUGUUUGGUUCAGGAAUCAAAUAUAACAUAUUUGAUUGUAACUGAAUGCGAUCUAAAUCUGGUUCUUUUGCCCCAAUUUUUAGAUGAGUUUACAUGUUAUACAACCAGAUGAAAUCAAUAAAAUCACACAGAUGAAAGAAGAAUGGGUUACACAAUGUCCUAUAAUUAAAGAGAAAAACAUGUCACAAGUUCAGGAAAGUUUUCUUUGCAAAUUAUUUCUGUUGAACUCCAAAAAUGUUUGAUUCUUUAAGGAAAAAUUGAACCAAGAUAUCUAUUCAGAAUGACAGAUUUACAGCUGCACAAGUAACACAUAUCCUUAAAAUCUUAUCGGUUCAUUGGUGCAAAUUUAGACUUUAUGGUUGUGGCCAAAGGUUUUUUCAAAGUUAUUCAUGCUAUUAACAGUUCUGCAAUUCAAGUUUAUGCCCAUUACCAUCCUGUCACUACUUUCUACCUAAGUGUAGAUAGGAUUAUAGUACAUCUGAACAUAAAGUCUGGUGAUUAUAAUACCAUCUUGCACACUCUGUACAUUGGUGCAAAUAUGCUUCACAGUGAUCAUUUGUCUGGUGAAAGUGACAAAGCAUUUAACAAUGUUGCACAUGAAUUUUCUAAUUGGUUGUGAUAUAAGUACAUUUAUGCAAUAUUAUAUUACCAACCUGAAGAAAAUCUUUCGAAAUAUUCAUGUGAUUACCUAAGAGUAGAAUUGAUGCAAAAUUGUUUGAUUUUACAUGUGUUUUAACCAGCAAGACAUGUAACGAAACAGCUAAUGGACUUGGUGCGAAAUUAGGAUAAGAGACACAUUAUUACUCAGCAUUACAUUUACUGGAUACACAAAAAGGUAAAUGUGUAAAAUAUGUCCAGUAUGCAAUAAAUUUUGGUAUUAACUAGAAUAAAGGUUCUUAUAACACAACCAUUAGAAGAUUAUUUUAUUAUCUUCUACUGGUUUUGUUCUUUGAAAAAGUUUGAUUUUAUUACUGCUACAACCUGAAGAAAAUGUUCCGAAACAUGUUGUGGUUGUAACAUUUUUAGCCUACAAUCAUCAGAUGAUUUAAUUUUGGUACUGAUCAGAAAAAGAAAAUGGUUUACAGGCAGCCAUCUUGGUUUUUGAGAGUAAUAAGCUUAUCGCUAUUUCUUGAGAGGCAGUGGAUGGAUCAUUCUCAAAUGUGGAGAUUCUUCUUGGUUCCUAGUUAGGCGUCCGAUUUUGAGACUAAUUUGAAAACUAAUAUGGCCAAGAGGCGGCCAUCUUGGACUUUAACAGUAAUAGUUUGUUAUUGCUAUUUCUUGAGAAGUACCAGAUCAAUCACUCUCAAAUUUCAUAUAUAUGUGUUCCUCUUGGUUUUAAGCUGUGCUUUUUUGAUUCCAGGACUGAUCAGAAAAAAAACAAAAUGGCUGUCAGGCCUUCAUCUUUGACAAUGAAAGUUUGUAAUUGCUAUUUCAGGAUGGAUUGUUCACAAAUUAUAUACAUUAGUUUCCUUGACUCAUUAGAUGUGCUCGUCUGGUUUGACACUUAUCAGAAAGCCCAAAAAUUAAGUUUAGAGACAGCUAUCUUGGAUUUGACAAUUGAAGAUUAUAAUUAUUGGGUUUUUAAUAGAAAAGAAGGGAAAUAAUCAAACUUUUAAAGAACAAAUAAAGAUCAAAUAAUGGUGGGCACCAAGAUCCCUCAUGGGUAUCUUGUCUAACAAUUGUCUUGAUUUUCUGCCAAACAUUACAAUUCAUUAUAAAAAUCACUGAAUCAAAAUGAAGUGAACUAGCUUAACAGUGCAUACAGCUUGAUUAGUGUGUAUUUCAUCUAUUCAAACAAAUUUUCACAUUUUAUUAUGAAAAAACAAAUCCAACCAGGUGAUGUAUUCUAGUUAAUUUAUCAUAUAUUACAGUCAAAAUUUGGAACUGCCAAACAUUUACUCUGAAUCAGAUGGAUUCAUUUUGUUUUCUUAUCCUCGAGAAGCGAUUCCAGUGUUGAAUGGAAAGUUUAGUUGAUUUGAUACUAAAAAGAGUAUGACAUCAGCUAGUAUGUACACACAUCAGCAUAUGUAAUAAUGAUGUUUUAAGCAAUUGAAACUAGGAUGUCAAAUGUGAAAUGAUUUACAAAAUUUUGUGUACCAAUAAAUCCUGAAAUAAAGAACUUAAUUUUUUUUAGAAA